AUGUCCGCAGCGAUGGGGGGCGGGGGUCAGCCAUCAGCUAACACUCUCGCUUCUGUCGGUCAUGGUAAAAGGAUUAUUGGCAACACUACAGUAACUGCUAGUUUCAAGAAGAACCAAGUUCUCGGAGCUAGGGAUCUGCACCAAGAACUGGCUGCCAAGUUCUGGCCGGAGCUGCCAGGCGGGAUCGAUAACGGCCAGCUGAAGCCACUGGACUUCAAAGUUAUAGAGGGACUUGACGCGGUUAAAGUCAACAACCUGCUGGAUGACUAUCAUGAUGGCAGAGCGGUAACUAAGACUCAUGUGCAUCCCGACCAUAGGGGCUCCAUUUUCAAACGGAGGAUACUUUCGCAACUUAUAUAA